AUGUUGACAACCGUAUCAUCUCUUGAUAUUGUCAACCAUGACCAUACCUACUGCAAAAAAGCCAACACCAUAGAAGAUUUGGAAGUAGACCAAGAUAGGAAAACCCUAGAGGAUAAACUAAAAAUAAAAAUAAAAGGCUUGCAGCAACAAUUAAGGCGAACUAAAGCCAGAAAACAGACCAUGGGAGAUAUUAUACAAGAGCUACAACAAAAGCUUCUUAUCUGUCAAGAUGAUGCAGAACUACUUUCGGCAAAAUUUGAUGGGGUGCAACUUGCCAUUUUCAGAGACACAAAAAAUAAUGUUAGCUGUGAUCCUUGUGGGAGGAGAUAUGUAGACGUUGUCAAAGAAUUCGCAACAACAUUAAAUUACUACUCACCAAAAGCAUACGAAUAUGUAAGGUCAAUAAUUCCACUACCACAUCCAUCACUUAUUAGAAAGUGGUCAAGUGUUGUUGAGUGCAAUCCAGGAUUCUUUAAAGAGUCAUUUGAAUCCCUAAAAAAGGAAGCAUUGCUCAGUCCUGAAAAGAAAGACUGUUGUCUUAUAAUUGAUGGGAUGGCAAUUAAGAAGCAAACUCUAUGGGACUCUAAAAAUGAUAAGUAUGUGGGGUUUGUAGACUAUGGAUAUAGCUAUACCUACCAGUAA